CACAAGCCCACGUGCUAGUGAGUAGCCAGCUAAUAUUUAUAUUUCAAGUUUAGCCAACUUGGAUCUAGGUUUAAUUUCACAAGCUCUGAAUUCAGCUAACAAGACAAAAACAGUUGUAUUGUUAAGAACAAAACCUUCUGUCCGAACAAACUCAUUGGGAGCACAGGCGUGUAGGCGUACAUUUUUACUCAUUUAUUUUACGUUUAAAUUAGCAGAUACCAGCACUGCAAUGGCAAUUGACUGGCUCGGAUUUGGCUACGCUGCAGCCAUAGCCCUUGGGGGAUUCAUGGGUUACAAGAGAAAAGGUAGUGUCAUGUCAUUGAUAGCGGGGCUAUUGUUUGGCAGCAUAGCAGCCUUUGGGGCCUUCAUGAUUUCAAAUGACCCAACCAAGACUUUCUACUCCCUCGUUGCCUCAGGAGUGCUGACAAUAGUGAUGGGAAUGAGAUUCAAGAAAUCUGGGAAAAUAAUGCCAGGUGGUAUCAUGGCAGGACUAAGUUUGCUGAUGGUCCUACGACUUCUCUUCAUGGGUGUGAUUGUAAUGUGAUUUGAACAAUACAACAACCAACAAAAGCAAGAUGGAAAAU